CCACAUCUUUCACGAGUGUUUUACGAGUGUUUCUACAACUGGAAAGAAACAAAGAGAAAAUCUAUUUUUCUAGAAUUUAAAGGCGUGCUCUGGCGAAAAAUAUGUUAAAAACACAAUGAACACACGAUACCUGAGGCAUUUAAUGCACCAUCUUAUAAUCGGAAACUUUUGUCAACUACAAUCUCAGCGGUUACCGAAACUUUCCGGAAUACCAUGAAAAGAUGAAAACGCCUAGUCAAAACAAGGCACACAAGAAAGGGCAAUUCAAAAGUUUCACAACGAAGAGCAAACAUCCAGCCGUAAUCCACCUGUUUAUGUUUGUCAUGAGUUAAAUUCUGUUACGGAAAGACUCUUGAAAUAGAAACAGAAAAAGGAAAAAUUACAAGAUUGGAAUCAAGGACGGCUUAACAUAACACUUACAGCAUGGAAACCUACUGAGCGCUCAUGGUUCAGCAGUCCUACUCAACCGUUGUACAUCGUACUUCUAGAAAAAGCUUCCAAAUGUAUAGUUUCUAUGCGGCACCAUCUAGAGUUGGAGAGGGUUCCCUGCAGAGAACCAAAUCACGACCUCGUUGGCAGUCAAACUUCGGAAGAUAUGAUAUUCAACACCAGUUAGAGACGGUCAGGACGAGAAUUCCAAACGGAAAUAUCAAGAGAGAACUGCAGGAAAAAUCGCCAACUUUCCUCAGUCAAUCCCUCAUCUCUGAAAACGGAAAGCUGAGCGGGUGGCAAUUUGGAGCCACUCCGUAUUUUGGUGCGAGGUACCCCUGCCCUACGAUGUCGUUUAUUUCUCGCAGAUACUCACAGGAUUUGAAUACCUGUUCCUUUCCUAGGGCAAGUCCUGUGGCCACCAGGCUAGAACAGACAGAUACAUCUCUUGGGAAACCAAAAGGUUUAUCUGGGGAAGGAACCAGAACUACCACUGGGUUAUCAGAUAACGGUCAUGCGACAUUUGGAAGGCUUCUCAGCGAUAGCGAGCCGUUAACAAACCUACCAGAGCCUAAAACUGAACAGUUUCCGCAAGGACAACGAGAAGCCCUGGAAAGCAUCAACAUGGCUAUCAACAACUCAGCCAAGACAGGCCCAGAGUACCGGGAACGAAGAAGAAGGAACAACCUGUCGGCGAAGAAAUCGCGCGACGCCAGGAAGUUUCGAGAAUUGCAAAUGGGAAGGAAAUUGGUUUAUCUUGAGCAUGAAAACAUACGUCUGCGUGCGGAUAUUUAUGCAUCGCAGGAAGAAAAUUUUCGCUUAAAAAGAAUACUAAGCGCUAACUGCGAUGUUUUCAGCUCACAGCAAUUUCUGACAGAAAAACAAGAGAAUUAAGCACCGCGCCUUCAUUUCACUACUGAUGGCAAAUAUCCCAGUUUCGACGCCGAAUGAGAGAAGUCUUUUGCCGGUUCCCUACACUCGUACGAACCUUUUCCUACUGGUUUAAUUGAUUGUGGAUUGUAGAUAAUGUCAAGGGAGGCUGACGUUUGCCAUAGAAUGUCCUAUUUAAACUUUUUAUAAGUAGUCUAUAGUAAUCUUUAACAGAAUUUUUGAAACGGUAUACGUAUUGCAUUUUCUGUAAAUAUCGAUCAUGUAAGAAACUCGAAUGUUACAUUUAAGGUAGUAAGUGAUGAUUACAAUAGCUUUUCGCCUUAUCUUGUAUAAGUAGAUAUUACUUGUGCAUUUGCCAAUAAAUUUGAAGAAGAAGGAAAAUGAAAC